AUGAAGCAAAGCAACGACAGAUAUAACCUUUUUCAUGAAAGCGAUCUGCUGUUGCAAGAGGGUCAACAUGACACAGUGGAAGUGAUAUCACCAGCACAGAUACAUGGUGAAGAAUCAACAGAUAUUGACAAUAAAAAGCCUAAAUGUCAUGGAAAUAAGAAAUUACAGCGCUUCAAACGAAGAUGGAGAAUCUGUGGUUUGAAUGAAGAAGAAAUUGUGACAUUGAUUAAUACAAAAGGUCAUGAUAUAUCUGAACAAUCAUUAAACGAGUCGAUGAUAAAUGAUCAAAUUGAAACGUUCAACAAACGAAAAAGAAGCUCAUCAAAACAAAACCUAUCAAACAAAUCUUUAAUAUCAAUGAGCCAGUCAUCCAUGUCACAAGGAGUUUUAAAAAAAUGA